AUGGCCGAACAGUCAGCAUGUAUGAAACAGUUUUUUGAAGAUAUAUUGGAGCAAUGCAUUUUGAAUUUGAGCAUUCAUUUUUGUCGAAAGGAAGGGCCUGAAUCUGCAGCAUCUGAACAGAGUACAUUUAACUACUCUUAUUUCAGAAUUCCUGGUCAUCUAAGAACUCUAUUUGAGAUUUUGUAUACUAUAUAUAUAUAUAUAUAUUUGUAUGUGUGUGUGUGCCCGGCACUGAAAACAAAACCCCAACUGGAAUUAAACAUGACGGCCGAGAAGGUGAGAUUUAACGUUCGAGGCAAAAUCUUUGAAACAACCGCAUCAACUCUAGCAGCUGCACGCCGAGAUUCAAUGUUUGGAGCUAUGUUCGGUGAUGAAUGGAAGCUUCAACCAAAAGGAGAUGAAAAAGAAUACUUCAUUGAUCGUGACCCAGAUUGCUUUUCUGUGCUUCUUAAUCUCUUAGGGACUGGUAAGCUUCAUGUGCCUUGUCACAUACCUGAAAAAUUACUCUAUAUGGAGGCUCAUUAUUACGGCCUUCUUGAUCAUGUUAGAACUGCAAAGUGGGGUGAGUUUGAUAGUAACAGGUUAAGAUUAACGGGUAGCGUUAGUGGUCAGGCUCCUCGUGAUUGCAGUGCGAUCAGAGCAAGUCCUGAUGGAGGUUGUGCUGUUGCUCAUGGUGGCGAUGUUCGUGUAUAUGACUGGAUGCUCGAAGAACAUCCACCGCUAAAUCUUGAAUAUCAAAGUGUUAAUGAUAUUGGGUGGAUGGAUUCAGAUAAUAUAGUGAUGGCUGUUAGCCAAAACUUGGACAGGCCGGGAGUCGGAGGAAUGGGCGUUUUCAGUGCUUUGACAGGGGAACUGAGGCAAAGGUUUCAGUUGAGCGAUGGAGAAGAUCAGGUCAAAGGCUUCGCUGCUGGAGCUUUAUGUUUUAACACUGAUAGUAACAAAGUACUUGCUAGUUGUAGAGAUAUUACAAGUAAUCAAGGAAUCGGGGUGUGGGAUCAAGAAACUGGAAAACAAACUGAUUUUUUUGAUUUCGGUCUCGGCAGUGAUGAAAAGAUUCAAUGGUUUAAUGGACGUAAUUGUUUACUUGUCUACAGUGACAUCAAUUAUAAACGUCGUAUCAAUCUUUUAGAUUUUAGAGACAAAAAAAGUGUGGUUUGGUCCUGGCCUGAUGAUACUAAAACUUGUCAUUCUGAUACUCAUAUUCAUGAUGCAAUUCCGAUGGAAGAAGGUAAUAGCAUUUGUGUGGUUGAUCCGUAUAGAACUUUGGGAUUUUUAGAUUUGAGAGAUACCACAAAAAGCGUCAGAUGGAAUUUGUAUCGUGGGAAAGACACCGCUCAACGUGGUUAUUCCAAGUUAACACUGCAUGGAGGACAGAUUUUUUAUUCGGUGGGUGAUAGGAUAUCUGUAUAUUAUUAUGAUGGUCUUGAUCAAUGGGUUUUAACAUCUAAUCUUGAAAGAAGUCAAGGUGGUUCAAUUCGGGACUUCUCAAUAGGUGGUGAUCGGCUUUUUGCUCUUCAUAGUGAGAAGAAUGUGUUCGACGUGUGGGAGACUCCAUCUGCCCCGAUUAUUUGA